AUGAUGAGCGAUGUGGCGGGUGCGGCCGCUCCAGGUGGUACGCCAGGUCAACCGCAGCAGGAGCAGAAACAGUCUUUGGCGGAGUGUGCUCCGCGUACACCGACGCUGGCGAAUCCUCCAUCCUCACAGGAGCUGGGACGGACCCCCAACCAGGAGUGCCGCCAUAACGCAAAUUCCCACUCCCGUCGAUCGGGUGGUGGUCAGGUGGCAUCGAGAACCCAGGGUAACACCGAGUCCCAGUUCUUCUUCGAGGACGAGGUUUUCCGCAUCGAUCGCCGCGGUCGCGUUCAUUUUGGCGUGGUAACCGCAACGACCGAGUUAUAUUCCUCCUCCGAAGAGGACGAUGUCGAUUCGCUGUCCAAGGGCGAGGUGCGUGUGGCCUUCUAUCUGGAUAGCAAGGAGAUGGUGCACACGGAACAGUCGAUUGGUCUGGCGCAUCGCACCCUAUUGCCAGGCGAUGUGGUCCGGAGGCGUCUGCCAGGAGAAAACGAUCUGGCUGGCCAGGCGGGCUACGUGCGGGAUGUCAAUGUGCGCGCCGAUGUUAUGGUAGUGGGCUCCAGAAUGGUCAUUAAAAAUGUGCCCGGUGAGAGACUGCGUCCGAUAUCCGAGUGGAACCUUGAUAUGCCUGUCUGCAUGGACACCUGGUUAGGCACCACCAUUGGCGUUGAUGAGUGCGCUGUGCUCAAAUCGUCCAAUGGUGCCCGUGUGGAAAUCACCUCCAACGAUUUCCACAAGUUUAAGGAUGCUGUGUCCGAAUGCUCCCGCGCGGUCUUCAAACCGAAUGUCUUCUUUCCAGGAAACAUUGUAAUCGGUCGCAUGCCGCCCCCGGAUCGUGUCAAGAAUCUGACCCCGGAGAUUACCCAUCCCUUAACUCGCAAGAGUCGUGCUAUGUACACCGUGGAGUCUGUACACACUGCAUCAAUUAAUGUGGCUUGGUCCUGCCGUGCAGGUAAUGGCACGGGCAGUGAUGACACGGACAGCGAUCCUCUAAGGGAGCCAAAGACCUUGAUCAAGGGUGAGGAGCUGAACAAAGUCGAGCCCAUUAGCCUCUAUGAGUCCUACAUGCAUCAAAUGCACGAACGAUUCUACCUCAAAUAUUCAAAAUGUGAUCUAUUACUUAAAUACGCCGACUGGGAAGAUGAACAAGCGGAGAAGUACAUCCCCAUUUAUCGCUCCCAGAAAAAAAUGCAGCGCAAGACCAGCAAACUGAACGCAUCUGCUUCCACUAGUGGAAAUGCUCGCAGUGUGCCAAAGUUCCGCCGCAUGUCCAACAAGUUCAGCGGUAUGCGACUGCCUCGACCGUCAAGCGACCAGACUCACAAUGCUUGCAAGUCGUCUAAGCGCAGCAAAGAGGAUAUGUUGACAUCGGGGGAUGAGGAUGAGUUCGAGGAGUUCAUGCAGCCACUUGACCAUUCGAUGACUGCCGAAAAAGAAUUGGAGGUUGCUGAGCACGCACUGUCUCCGUCCUCUGCUACCACAGCUGCAGACGGUGCCGCCGUCCAGGCUCCCAGAAUAACGAUGCGAUCUGCUAAGAACCGACACGUAAAGAAAAAAAAGCGCUAUGUCAAGAAAACACUUUCUACGCCUUUUCCCAAAAAGGAAACGACUCCCAAGGAUGGCGAUAAAAUCGUUGUGGAAACGCUGGUCAUUUACAGCUCGGUGACGGUCGUCUGGCAGGAUGGCACGGUGGAGCCAGGCAUUAACUCCACCCAGCUCUAUCCGAUCCAUUAUUUGGACAACCAUGAAUUCUUUCCCGGUGAUUUUGUGACCAAAGCCAACGAGAUCAGUACGGGAGCCACAGACUACGGGGUAAUUCAGUGCGUGGACCACGAUGCACGCAUAGCCAAGGUCAUGUGGUUCAAUAUCUACACGAAUGUUGAUAAUCCAAUUCCUUUAUGCAAAGGAUUGGAGGAGCUGAGCGUUUAUGACUUGAAGGAUCACUCAGACUACCAGUACCGACCCGGCACAAUGGUGAUCCGAGUGUCAAACUUUACGGGUGAGGAUGUUAACUCAACUGCUGGUCAGGUGAUCGACAACUACCCUGAUGGUCGGCUGCGUGUUUGGUGGGCAAAGGGCCAUAUCACAAUGUGCUACCCUCAAGAUCUUUUUGAGAUCACCCAAAAAGAACUGGAUGAAGAUGGCUACGGAUCAGAUGGAUCCGUAGACUCGUGGGAGACGGAAUCGGAAAACAGCCACAUAUCGUCAAUGGACGACGAGGAGGGCAUUCUUACGGGCAUUGACAGAGCCACAGACGCAUUGAGAAUGCUAGAAAAGAUGUUCCACGUUUUACAUCCCAAUCGCAAAGCGGAAGUGUUUAACGAUCUGCUGGAUGUGUACAAAAAUUGCCGAGCCUUAGACCGUUUGCUAAAAACUAACUUUUUCGACGAGUUUCACUUCCAAGGCAUUGUAGCUUGCAAGCCUAUUACCUCUAAAGUUUGUUCUGACAGUGCCACCCAUGACCGUGCGGAAUCGACCCCAGAGACGUUGGCUGCCGUUCCCAAGGAGUCAUCAACGCUCCAAGCUGAAUUGGAACCAGUUCUGAUGGAUCCGUCUGUUCAGUCAUCAUCAAGUCCUACUAAGCGAAAAUCAUCUACGGAGAUGGAUGAAGUUCUAUGCAAAAAGAGCACUGAUGAGAUCACGGAGAAGCUAGAUAACCAGGUGGAGAAAGCAGAGGUAAUAGAAGAUCCCCCGUUAGUGAGGAAGUAUCGCAACGAGUACAACGAAAUGUUCGCCAACGCACGUAAAAGCAUUGCAAAAGCGAUUGAAAAUCAUACUAAGAAUGAUUCUGGCGUACACUCUCGCGGUGAAAUCACCUCGGAUGAGUCUAAUAAUCAUACAGAGAGCGAAAAUAAGGUGGACAUAAAGCAUCCCACAAUAAAUGUAAUGGAUGAUUUGGAAAUUGAAUUGGUUGCAAGUCGAGAUGCUGACGUCUGCGAAGUCUUCUGUUAUUUGAUCAAGGAUCAAAUGGCCAAAAUUCGUAAGACGGUCGCUGUGACGUUGAGCAAGUCAAAUGACAAUUCCAAGCAGGAGAACGAGCAUGUUAGCGAUGCAGAGGAAGCUAUUGAGGAGCUCAGCCAGGUAGCGGAACCAGCCAAUAAUGCUGCUACCCAGUGCAAUAUAAUUUCGGAGAACGAAGCUAUGGAAGAGCCAUUGAAUCUCAACGCGCUUUCCGAGUCACUGCCGGCUAUUGACCAGCCAGGUCCCAUGGCCUGCUCCUCACCAUCUUGUUCAAUAAUUCCAGACACGCCCUCCAUUGACGAGAAUCGUUUCCAAGUGCUGCCCAAUGCACCAGCCGCACAUCAUUUUAUUAGCAACCUGAUUACCCCUGCCAACAAGGCGCAGUAUCAGCGAGCUGUGCAGCGGGAAUACCAUAUGCUCAAGACCUCGCUCCCUAACGGAGUUGUGGUACGCGCCUACGAGGAUCGCAUGGACCUAAUGUCUGUAAUGAUGGUGGGUCCCAAGCGCACGCCCUACCAGAACGCUCUAUUCUUCUUCGACUUUCAAUUUGGACGCGACUACCCGAAGAGUCCGCCGGUGUGCCACUACAUCAGCUACUGCACGGAUCGUCUCAAUCCAAACUUAUACGAGGGUGGCAAGGUAUGUGUGUCGCUACUUGGCACAUGGAUGGGACGCGACAACGAAGUGUGGUCAGCCAGCAGCACCAUGCUCCAGGUGCUCGUCUCCAUACAGGGACUCAUACUGGUCGAUGAGCCUUACUAUAAUGAGGCGGGCUACGAAAAGCAAAGAGGCACCCAACUGGGCAAUGAGAACUCUCGUGUCUACAACGAGAUGGCCAUCAUAAAAAUAGCCCACUCCACGGUGAAGCAGUUGACAAAUCCACCGCUCAUCUUUCGCAAUGAACUGAUUGAGCACUUCAAGGAGUUUGGCCCUGAGCUAUAUGUCCGCAUGCUGGCCUGGUCAGAGUAUUCUCUUGAGGCACAGCGUCAAAAUGUAACCAACAUGAAGGACAUGUCUGUGGACCACAAGGUGCCUUGCGAGCUACCCGAAUUCCCGCUGCUACCAUGCAGUCGAGGCUUUUGCAUAGCGGUCAAGCGCGUUUUGAGCCAACUUCAAAGCGAGCUGAAUGCCUUGGGAGCCAAUCUGGUUACGAGUGAACGUAAUGGCAUUGCGACUGGAAUUGGCACUGCCCCGCGCGCUGCUCCGGAGGAGAUCUGAGUGCCACUCGUCCUGCCCAGCGUAUGCCUGUGAAAAUGGUGCCUAUCAGAAGAACCACAAGACUUUUGCCGCCUGCGUUUUGGAAGUCUGAUCUGGCCCCAAGUGUUUUAUAGCUCCUAUCUCGAAUCUCGAAUUUCUCUCCGCUCGUAUUGCUGGCAAACAGCCUUUUAGUUAAACAAAAUGUUCUAAGAUUAUUGGUUAUUAGUUCAAAAAUCAUAUAAAGCUGAAUUAUAUAUAGCGCGCAACUAAGCAUAAAUUGUUGAACGGAUCCGCCUCAUGUAAUGUCAGCGAGUUUUACUUUUGUUGUUAGGCCAGCUAACAAAUAAAAUGUAAUGUUUUGUUGCGAAUAAUGUGAACGCUGGCCUACGCGAAUAUUUGUAGGCAUUCCACUAGAACCUAGCUUAGUUAGUCCAGCCCUCGUCCAAUCAGCACCAUGUACGUAAUAUUGUAAGCUAGCCAAUGCGAGAAAUGUGAAUAAACUAGCAAUUUUAUUUAUUAUGCCUCCAA